UAUUAAAAUUAUUUUAUUUGUGUAGUUAUUUAGCUGUCUUUCACAAUGGACAGCAUUCCAAAUCCUGUUGCGAAUAACUCUGUUGAGAAAGACAGUCGUGUGAAGUCCUCCAAGUUGAUGUCUUGUCGAUAUUCGAUGUCUGUGAUGGGCUGCAUAGGGCUCGCUAUCGCGUACGCUAUACGAGUGAAUCUCAGUGUUGCUUUAGUGGCGAUGGUUAAUUCUACAGAGUCUACUAUGCAGGACAGUAAAACGAUAGCUGCAAGUCAAAAGAGUAAAGAAUUCACAUGGACAGAAGAAACACAAGGAGUGAUCCUCAGUUCAUUUUUCUAUGGGUACAUUGUCACUCAACUUCCUGGUGGCUGGAUGGCAUCUAAGUUUGGCGGGAAGCAUGUAUUUGGUGUUGGUAUACUGCUAUCAGUGAUAUUUACACUUUUAACUCCCUGGGCUGCAGAACAAAGUGUUGCUGCUUUGGUAGCUGUUAGAGUUAUUGAAGGAGUAGGGCAAGGUGUAACGUUCCCAGCUAUAAACGUUUUACUGAGUAGCUGGUCACCACCUGAUGAAAGAAGCAUGAUGUUAACAGUGACUUAUACAGGUAGCUCAUUGGGAACUAUUAUAGCUCAAACUUCAKCAGGGGCACUCUGUGCAUCCACUUUUCUUGGUGGUUGGCCAUCUGUAUUUUAUAUCACUGGAUUCCUUGGUGUCGUGUGGUAUGUAUCAUGGUUAUUUCUAGUGUAUGAGAAACCAGCUCUGCAYCCAAGAAUAUCAGAAUAUGAAAAAAAUUACAUUAUAUCUUCACUUGGUGCUUCCCAGGACAACUUGGUUAAGAAACAUAAAGUCCCAUGGCUUGCAAUAGCUAAGUCGUUACCGGUACAUGCCUUAAACAUCACCUAUAUCUGCUCUGGCUGGGCAUUCUACACAUUCAUCACAGAGUUACCCUCCUAUUAUAAAGAAGUUCUAGGUCUUAAGAUUUUAGUGGAUGGCGUUGUGUCAUCCAUUCCUUUCAUAACGAGCACAGUCUAUAACUUYAUUGUAGCUUGGUUUGCUGAUUGGUUGAUAAGAAGGCGCAUCUGCUCAGUGGGUGAAGUCAGGAAACUUGCAACAGUUGGAGGUUUAGUCAUCCCAGCAUUUCUUCUCAUUGCGUCGAGUUACGUAGGAAAGGAGGACAAAGUUCUACCAAUCGUGUUAAUAUCCUUAUCCCUCACUUUUCAAGUCAUGCUUAACGUAGGCUCAUCUUUAAAUCAGUUGGAUAUCUCCCCUCGCUUUGCCGGUAUUCUUUUGGGAAUUGGCAAUGCUUUUGCUACGCUUUCUGGAAUUGCCUCACCACUCGUCACUGGCUGGCUUACAAAUAAUAAAGUACGUCUCAUAUACUCAAAAAUGUUCUCUUCCUUGAUACACAACAGUAGUAUAGUGUGCACCGAAUUAUACCCUAGAGGAGGCAAGGAGAACCAUAUCGAGGAAUUGUGGGACUGUGGGUAUAUAGUGGGUAUAGUGGGUAUAUAG